AUGCCCACCCCAGAGGAGCCCACCCCAGGGAGCCCUGCCCCAGAACCUCCAGGAUCACCCUCUUUGCUGCCCCAGCACCAGCCAGGGGUCUCUCCAGGCCAGAAGAAGGGUCGAGACCUGAAGGUGAAAAUGCUGAAUGGCGAGGAGAUUUUGGUGCCCAUGAGGGACUCCAUGCUGGUGUCAGAGCUGAAGCAGCUGGUUGCGAAGCAGAUAAAAGUGCCUGCCUUCCAGCAGCGGCUAGCCCACCCAAACAACUGGGUGCUGCAGGACGACCAGUCUCUGGCCAGCCAGGGCCUGGUCCCUGGCAGCACAGUCCUGCUGUUGGUGGAGAUGUGCAAGCCCCUGAGCAUCCUGGUGUGCAAUGACAAGGGCAGGAGCAGAGCCUACACAGUCCAGCUGACUGACACUGUGGCCCAGCUCAAGCAGCAGGUGUGCCAGCAGGAGAAGGUGCAGCAGGACCUCGUGUGGCUGUCCUUCGAGGGGAGACCUCUGGAGGACCACCAGCAGCUGGGGGAGUAUGGCCUCACUUCCCAGUGCACGGUGUUCAUGAAUCUUCGGCUUCGGGGUGGCAAGACAAGCCCCAGGGGGCGCUGA